AUGGAGGUUCCUUGUGAAUACUGCGGGGCCAGGAAAGCAACGGUGUUCUGCAGAGCAGACAAUGCAAAGUUAUGCCUGUCCUGUGACAGGUCAGUCCAUGAGGCCAAUGCGCUCUCGUUGCGGCACGAGAGGACUCUCCUCUGCGAUGCUUGUGGCAAUGCACCUGCCUCCUUCAGGUGCUCUGAGGAGAACCUGUCCCUCUGCCUGGAGUGUGAUGCGAGCAGCCAUUCAGCAGUCCCGGCCUCCCACCACAAACGGGUCAAGUUUGACUUUUUUACUGGCUGCCCUUCUGCCAAUGAGCUGGCUGUUCUCUGGGGCUGUCGCCUGGGCUCCCUGGAGGAUGCCCCUGUCAAGGCAGAGCCGCGCUCGCCCGCGCUGCCCCCUGCCGACUCCCAUCCCCGGGCUGCGCCGGGGUGGGGCAGCAGCCUGCCCCCGAAGGCGUCCCGCUUGGGCAUGGAGCUGGCGCGAGGGGCCAGCCAGGGCGCGGGCUGGCCUGAGGCCAAGGCAGGGCCCCCGGGAGCAGGCAGCCCCGCACUGUAUGGCGCACCCGCGGCCCCACCGCAGCACCAGCAGCAACAGGGCCCAGCAGCCACCUCCCAGCAGCAACAGCAGCAACAACAACAGCAACAGCAUCAGCAGCAGCAGCAACCGCCGCAGCAAGCGUUCUUGGGGCCCCCCACCCCGAGCUACUAUCCCCCCCUGGAGCAGCAGCAGACCGGCAUGCCCGGCAUGGGGGGGCAGGCACCAUUCCUGGCGCCUCAGGGUGCGCAGCCAGCAUACCCAGGGCUGUACCAGCAGGGGCCAUAUCCAGGGCAGCUGUAUCAGCCGUUUCCCCCCCCCACCAUGCAGCAGGGCUAUCCAGGGCCGCCGCGGUAUGGCGAGUAUCAGGAUCCAUACGGCCGCCAGUACGCCCCCCAGUAUGCGGGGCAGCCGUUCCAGCAUGGCUAUGGCAUGCCCUCCCCCCGCCCACGGAUGCAGCCGGCCAAGGCAAUGGGGACGCCGUUUGGGGGCCGCCCUGGGCUGGAGUCCCCCUCAGGCAUGCUCUCCCAGGUCAAGGUGCGCUUCGCCUGCCUCCCCUUGCGAACUGUGCCGCAAGUGCAGCUGCUCCCUGUGCUGCGUACUGGACAGUCCGCCCGAGGGCGCCCCUGCUGCGGGACGCGCCGGGGUGC